UGGUUCACUCCUAACAUGUCAUUUUGCGUCUGUAACGCGCGCGUUUCGUUCAAACUGUGGACGGAGAUGUGCGUUUAAAUUUCGCUGGCGACGACAGUACCGCGUGGAAUUUUCACUCGAUUCGUACGACGAGACUUGGAACGGUGCGAAAAUGAACGCCAAGUUCGCGGCCGGCAUCACCCACGACGACUGCGAGUCGCACGAAUUGUUAAACCCCUUUGUGCACCACCUGGAAUUAGAAACCACCUAUGAGAAAAUCAAAACAGCAGUGUUAACCGUCGUGUUGCUUCCAAUCAGGGUUUCCGUAAUACUUUUCUUCCUGAUAUGUGGCUGGAUGCUGGCCUGUGUCGGACUCUGGGGCAUUACCGAAGAACGACUACGCGAGAAACCGCUUGACGGAUGGAGAAAUGUAGUCAGAAAAAUAGCGGCGAAAUUCAUCAGAUGUAUAUUCUUCGCUGGUGGCUUCCAUCUACGUGUCCUCGGCAAACAGUCCACCAGAAAUGUGGCUCCAGUGGUCGCAUUAGCGCCCCAUUCAUCCUUCAUGGACAGUCUUGCCAUGGUCUACAUGGGUGGGCCAUCUAUUGUGGCUAAGGGAGAGACUGCUCACAUACCUUUCUUCGGGAAAUUGAUAAACUUCACUCAGCCAGUUUAUGUGUGGCGCGACGAUCCAGACUCGCGCCAGAACACGAUCAAAGAGAUAAUAAAGCGUGCCACCUCCGAUCUGGACUGGCCCCAAAUCCUGAUCUUCCCGGAAGGCACGUGCACGAACCGCUCUUGUCUGAUCACGUUCAAGCCGGGCGCUUUCUAUCCUGGCGUGCCCAUCCAGCCCGUUUGCAUCCGCUAUCCCAACAAAUUGGACACCGUUACGUGGACGUGGGAAGGACCGAGCGCACUCAAGUUGUUGUGGUUGACUCUAACCCAACCCUACAGUUAUUGCGAGAUCGAGUUUCUGCCGGUGUACACCCCCAGCGAGGAGGAAAAGAGGGACCCCAAGCUAUUCGCCAACAACGUUCGAGCUGUCAUGGCGAAGGCUUUGGGAGUUCCCGUUCUGGAUUAUACUUACGACGACUGCAAACUGAUGACUAAGGCCAAGGAAAUGAAUUUACCUUACGCCACGUCUUUGGUGGAAGUCAGGAAGCUCAGACACAAACUUGGUUUGGACAGUACAAACAUUGAGGAGUCGUUCCUCCACUCCAAUUUCACGUGUAGGGACUGCAGUAAAAUUACUUACAUAGAAUUCAUUAAACUGCUAAAUAUUACGUCUAACGAGAUUGCAGCACUCCAAUUAUUCAAGAUAUACGACAAGAAUAACACAGGUGUGAUCGAUUUCCGAGAAUACCUCCUGGGCGUUUUAGGCAUUAGUAACAAUAAGAGCAGUUUAGAUGUAGUCCAAAUAGCCUGCAAAAUUUACGAUCGAAGUGGAUACGGUAGACUGGCCGCUGAGGAUUUCUGUAGAGCUGUAUGUCAAACAUUAGCAUUAAGCAAAGAAUAUGCCCUCGAAGUAUUCGACCAAGUAGAUAGGAACCAACUGGGCUACAUUACAUUUGAAAACUUUUUGGUGUAUGCUCAGAAGAAGGCAGAGUUUGCUUCGCUGUUCAGCCUUUCCGAGGAGGAGAAAUUCAUUCCACGCAACGGGGAGAUUUGUCCAAACUACUAUUCGAAAAAGAUUGACUGAUCUUUACAUGUGAUCCACAUGUAAAAAUUUCGCAAUAUUAAACAAGCGAUUUUCUACGCUGGAUUACUACUUCAAUUCGGAACGUUUCCAUGGAUUCUGUAAAUUGUAACAUUUGUAUUACUUGAUACCGUUCAGUUAAUUAAUGUGUAUAAGUAAUUUUACAGAUUAUUUAUUGGAUUGUAGAUAUAUAGUGAACAUUAUUUAUUGUUGUAUAUUUUUAUUUAAGUUUUAAUAUAGUUUUCUAUAGAA